AUGCGCGUGAUCUUGGACUGCAGAAGAUGCAAGCAGUGGUUUUUGAAGGCGCCGCACGUUGAGCUGCUCGCGGUCGAGGGGCUCGUGGGGGUCGAGGCCGAGCGUUCCGAGGGCGGCGCGGUGCCCGUAUUCGUGGGCGUUGCCGACGUGAAGGACGCGUUCCACAUGUUGAUUAUGCCAGAGUGGCUCUCGCGAUUUUUUGGCUCGUCCGAUGUGCCGGCCGCGGGCGUCGGCAUGGUCGGCCAGGUGAUCGACGGGGCCGUCGCCGUUGCAGGAGGUGUGAUCGCGCCGUUGGCGCGGGCGCUGCCCGCGGGGUUCACCUGGGGUCUCUUCUUCUGCCAGGGGAUGGGCGCCAGCGGGGACCGCGGUCGGCCUGCCGUUCUCGUCCUGAGUGGCGGUCUGCGCGAGCUCAGGCACUGCGCGUGCCUGGACAACCUGGGGGUGAUGGGCGAUAGUCGCUCGGGGGUGGGGCGCGCGCUCGCCGACGUGGCGAAGGUCUUCGAGAGCUUCGGCCUGCCGGUGCGCGGGGAAGAGGCGAGGGGCGACGCCGCGGAUGCGCUCGGGGUUGUCUUCGACGGAGAGUUGCAGCGCACCCCGCUGACGAAGUGGCACUGGCGGCUGCGCUCCGCGCGCCGACGCUCCUUGAACCGCGGGGAGGCCAGCGUGGCGAUGGUGCAGGUCGUCCUGGUGCACUGCGCCGUCUACGGCCUGGCCGAGGUGGACUCGACUGGCGGGCGCCUGUGGCGCCUCGGAGUGAAGGCUGCUGCUGGCCGCGCUCGCGAGAGGGGCCGCUUCCGUGACGUCCUAGCGGCGCAGGCGCGGGGGCGCGCGCUGACGGCUGCCGGAGUUCGGGGGCUCGCGGGGCUGCCGCCGCCGGCCGAGGUGGGACUUCCAGGGGGGGACUUCGACGGGCUGGAGGCCGCGAUGGCCUCUGGCGAGUACGAGGCCAACUCGGGCUUUCCCGAGGCAGCCGACCCAGCCUACCGCGAUCGCGAGUGGGCGGUGCGUGCUCACGGCCGAGGCCGCGUUGCAGGCCGGGCCGCGGGCGAUGCGGAGUCGGACAGGGUCACUUCGUCGGGGUGCUCUCCCGAGCUGAGUCGCGAGUCGGGCCGCGACGAGCAGCGGGCGAAGUCCGCGCUGAGCCGAGCGGCCAGAUCGUCUGCGGCCGACGCGAGCGGGUCUGCUGACGAUCGGUGCCUGGAGCGCCGGCGCGAGCGGCGGUUCCAGAGGGUGCGACCGCGCCGCGGGGCGCGGCGCGGCGUGGCCGACGCCGAGACGACGGGUUGCGCGGCUGGCCGCUCGGUCGACAGCGCGCGCGGCGACAAGGCCGCCAAGGCCGUGGCCAUGGCCGAGCCUGCCAAUGUCGCAGGCGUUGCCCGUCACGGCCCGCUGAAGGGCACCGAGGGCGCGCUCCUGGCGCGUGCUGCGCGCUGGCCGAGCGAGGCAGAUGGCCUCCAGGUUGAAGGCGGGCCGCUGUGCCUGGUGCCUAGUCCGCAUGCUGGCCGACCAGACGGCGGCAGGAUCGCGCUGACACUGGCCGAGUCUCUCGCCGGCAGUGUGGUUGCGACCCUGGACAGCGCCGACAGCGCGCAGGCGGUCGCAGCGCAGAACCCAGAGACGGGCGGUGCGUCAGCCGUUGCAGCGCCCCCGCGGCCCGUCGCCGGGCGGCCAACUGGCCGCCUGCGCGAGGCAGCUCGAGGGCAUCUCGAUGCCGGAGCGGAGCGAGCUUCAGCUCGGGAACCGUGGAGGCACUUGAGUUUGGAAGGGCGCUACUUCGCGGAUGUCUUCUGCGGAAAGGAGGGGGGCGGGCGGUCGGCCGAGCUUGCUGGGUUCCCAGCUCGAUACUUCGACCUUAUGAACGGGGCCAAGGGCGACGCGUUGCGGCCAGAGGUGAUGGAUGGGCUGAUCGCCGACAUACAGGCAGGGAUCGUGCUGGGUAUGAUGAUGGGGCCGCCUUGUACGACGUUUAGUAUGGCCAAGCACCGUUCCCAGACGUUGAGGACGCAGGAGUUCCCGAUGGGCGUUCCUGCUUUGAGCAGACAGGAUAGUGUGAAGCCAGGGAAUCAGCUGACGCGCGCCGCGGUGUGGCUUGCGCGUGAGUGUGACGCGUAUGGUGUGCCGCGGAUUAUCGAGUACCCUCACUCGGCGUGUCUUGUCAAGCCGCCCGCCAUGGUAGCGCUGGGCGAGAUGGGGGGGGUCCAGGAGGACGUGCGCAACCGCCCCUCCGCGACGUCCGCCCUCGCGCCCCCCGCGCGGGACCUGCCCGUGCCCUUCGUGGCGGCGGCCCUGCCACCGCUGUGGGCCCGCGCAGGCGAGGGGCGCGCGCCGCUGGCGCCGGAGGAGGCUGGGAUCCCCGUGACGAUCAUGAUGAAGAACAUCCCCAGCCGUUGCCGCCUCACGCACGUGCUGGAUGCGGUGGAGGCCUCAGGGUUUCGGAACACCUUCGAGUUCCUGUACUUGCCCACGAAGCCGCCCAGACACAGCCAGAACCGGGGCUACGCAUUCGUGAGCUUCCUGGACUCGGACUUCGAGCAGGCCAGGGUCUUCUGUGCGGCCAUGUCCGGCGUCAGGUUCGACCGGGCCAGCCCUAAGGAGGUCAUGUUGGAAGAGGCCAGAGAGUACCGCAGCCUCGGGGACGUUCGCGCCGUGACGAAGACUCAGGUCCAGUUCACCAAGUUCGGUCCAGUGCUCGCCGUGGCGCAGGAGGGGGAUGGACGCCGCAGAGAAUCAGAUCCCAACUCCCUGGAUGACGACGACGAGCUCCCCCAUGGCACUCGGCUGAGCUUUUGA